AUGAUUAUCUAUUUCAUUCCCGAUAUUUCACUUAUACAGCAGUCCUACUGGCCAGUUCUGACACAUUUCAUCUCAUUAUUUAUUGUUGGCGUCUGUGUAUUCGGUGGCAUCAAGUGGAUCGAGAAGGCGAACAUAAUUCUUGUUCCACUCUUAUUGCUAAUAAUCACAAUCACCUUCUGCUGGUCCCUUACGAGGCAAUACGCCGAUGUCGGUAUCAAAUUCUUAUUCACCCCUGACUGGAGUAAGCUACAUUGCGAUCAGGCUUCUGAAAUAUAA